CACAGAAGCAUAAAUAGGCCAGCCAGGCAAAGGACAGUCACUGUGUCAACCUGCAGACAGAGUAAGCCAAGACCCUCAUUAGACACCCAGCUGCCAACAGGACCCCGCAUCACUCCCUGUGACAAUGACCAUGUUUGAAAAUGUCACCCGGGCCCUGACCAGACAGCUGAACCCCCGAGGGGACCUGACAGCCCUGGACAGCCUCAUUGAUUUCAAGCGCUUCCACCCGUUCUGCCUGGUGCUGAGGAAGAGGAAGAGCACGCUGUUCUGGGGGGCACGCUAUGUGCACACCGACUACACCCUCCUGGACGUGCUGGAGCCCGGCCACUCGCCCUCGGACCCAACGGACUCGGGCAGCUUCAGCUUUAAGAACAUGCUGGACGCACGUGUGGAGGGGGAGGUGGACGUGCCCAGGACGGUAAAGGUCAAGGGCACAGCUGGGCUGUCUCGGAACAGCACACUGGAGGUCCAGACCCUCAGCGUAGCCCCCAAGGCCCUGGAGUCCCUGCACAAGGAGAGGAAGCUGGCCGCAGACCACCCGUUUCUGAAGGAGAUGCGGGAGCGCGGCGAGAACCUGUACGUGGUGAUGGAGGUGGUGGAGACGGUACAGGAGGUCACGCUGGAGAGAGCGGGCAAGGCAGAGGGCUGCUUCUCCCUACCAUUCUUCGCCCCGCUGGGGCUGCAGGGCUCCGUCAACCACUCAGAGGCUGUCACUCUCCCCAAGGGCUGUGUCCUGGCCUUUCGCGUGAGGCAGCUGAUGGUCAAUGGCAGAGACGAGUGGGACAUCCCGCACCUCUGCAACAGUGACAUGCAGACCUUCCAGCCUGGAGAAAAGCUGGGAGAGGAGAAGUUCACGGGGGAAGUGCAUGAGGACUUCAUGGCCCUGAAAGAAGAGGUCCAGAGGGAGACCCAGGAGGUGGGCAAGCUGAGCCGGGUGGGCCAGGGCUCCCUGCUCAGUGCCCUCAGCAACCUUCUGGGCAAAAAGAAGGAGCUACAGGACCUGGAGCUCGAGCUGGAGGGGGCUCUCGACAAGGGACACAAAGUCACCCUGGAGGCACUCCCGAAAGAUGUCCCACUGUCAAAGGAGUCCAUGGGCGCCAUCCUCUAUUUCCUUGGAGCCCUAACAGUGCUAAGUGAAGCCCAACAGAAGCUUCUGGUAAAAUCCAUGGAGAAAAAGAUCCUCCCGGUGCAGUUGAGGCUGGUGGAAAGCACGCUGGAGCAGAAUUUCCUGCAGGAGAAAGAGGCUGUUUACCCGCUGUCCCCCGAGCUGCUCUCCUCCCUUGGGGAAGAAGAACUGACCCUCACGGAAGCCCUCGUGGGGCUCAGCGGCCUGGAGGUGCAGAGAUGUGGCCCCCAGUACACGUGGGACCCGGACACCCUGCCCCGACUCUGUGCCCUUUAUGCCGGCCUCUCCCUCCUUCAGCUCCUGGCCUGUUCCCCUUAGUGUCCCUUUUCUGGCUGCUUCCAGCUUCCCGAGCCAGGACCUUAACAUCCCAGGGCGUUUUAGAACCACCAGGUCGAAGACCCCCAAAUCCUACCUAUCCACCCACCGUAACAACUUCUGCCCCCCCCCCCAGUCCUCCAGCUCCCCACUCCCAAGCCCAUGGGCUGAGGUUAAAUCCUGUAGAAGUAGAAGUGCUUGGCCUUUAUAAAUUGUGAGCUCUUUCAGCAAAACUGGAAAAAAUGUAUUUCCUAUCCUAACUCUCUCCACUUACAUUUCUAAAACACAAGCAUUGGAGGAAUUAAUGGAAAAUAUGUCAGUCUUAGAAUGCCAUGGCUUUGGGUAUAUUUCUUUGAACAAUUUAUUAUAUGGAAAUUCUGACUUGGGCCAGAAGAAGAAAGCAACACUCUUAGACCCUAUGGAUCAUCUGAACAGACUGCUACUCUGAAGUCCUCAGACCAGCCAGAAAACACUGAGGAGCUCCCGGGUGUGGGAUAUGAAGUCCAGAUUCUAAAGUGGCAAGAUCAUCAAAGCCACCACCUUCAAAGAGUCUCUGGCGUCCUCUAGCUCCAGGCUGAAGGCUUGGGGAAGGAAAGAUCUAGACAGAGAUACAGGGUACAGUCAAAACAAAAAGACUACUUUUAAGAAAACGCAGGUGAGGCUGGGAAUUUAGCUCCAUGGCACAGUGCCUGCCUGGCAAGAGCGAGGUCUUGAGUUUGAUUCCUGGUACAAAAUAAAAACAAAAUACUGAUGAGUCUUUUUUUAAAAUGGGA